AUGGCGCCUGGACUUAUCGAGACCGAGUCAGCGCCCGCUGCGCCUGCGGAUGCACUGCGCCAGCUGAAUGAAAUCACGGCCAGCUUUGACGAUACGCUGAGGUUCUACCUCAAUGGCACAAAGGUCACGCUUGACAACGCGGACCCGGAGGUUACCGUCUUGGAGUAUCUGAGAGGGAUUGGGCUUACAGGAACCAAGUUGGGGUGUGCGGAAGGAGGAUGUGGAGCCUGCACAGUGGUCGUCUCACAGUUCAAUCCCACAACGAAGAAGAUAUACCACGCCUCCGUAAACGCGUGUCUAGCGCCGCUGGUCAGUGUAGACGGCAAACACGUCAUCACAGUCGAAGGGAUAGGCAACGUCAAGAGACCGCAUCCAGCACAAGAGCGGAUAGCAAAGGGCAAUGGUAGCCAGUGCGGCUUCUGCACCCCAGGAAUCGUCAUGAGCUUGUACGCCCUCCUUCGCAACACCGAUGCACCCACCGAACACGAUGUCGAAGAAGCUUUUGAUGGCAACCUGUGCAGGUGCACAGGAUACAGGCCGAUCUUGGACGCCGCACAGAGCUUCAGUGUAAAGACCGGAUGUGGUCAGGCAAAGGCAAACGGCGGGGGUGGAUGUUGCAUGGAGAAAAACGGUUCGAACGGCGGUGGAUGCUGCAAGAGCAAUGGCACGGGUGGCGACGACCAGCCUAUCAAGCGAUUUACACCACCAGGCUUCAUCGAGUACAAGCCCGAUACUGAGCUGAUCUUCCCACCACAGCUUCGCAAGCACGAAUUCAGACCGCUAGCAUUUGGUAACAAGCGAAAGAAGUGGUUCAGACCUACGACAUUACAGCAAUUGUUGGAGAUCAAGAGCGCAUAUCCCUCAGCGAAGCUCAUCGGUGGAUCCACAGAGACGCAGAUUGAGAUCAAGUUCAAGGGCAUGAACUACAGCGCUUCCGUGUUUGUUGGCGACAUCCCAGAGCUGCGCCAGUUCAGCUUCAACGACGACCAUCUUGAGAUUGGUGGAAACGUGGUGCUGACGGAUCUCGAGCGGAUAUGCGAAGACGCCGUUGAGCACUACGGAGAAGGAAGGGGACAGCCAUUUGCCACAAUCCUGAAACAAAUUCGUUACUUUGCCGGACGACAGAUCAGAAACGUGGGUACGCCCGCGGGUAACCUCGCAACCGCCAGUCCCAUUUCAGAUCUCAACCCAGUCUUCGUGGCCACAAACGCAACGCUGGUAGCGAAGAGCUUGAAGGAGACAACGGAGAUACCUAUGUCGACAUUCUUCAAGGGCUACCGGCAAACCGCUCUGCCUCCUGACGCCAUCAUCGCAGGUCUUCGAAUUCCUGUGGCCAAGGAGAAGGGCGAGUAUGUCCGCGCGUACAAGCAAUCGAAGCGCAAGGACGAUGAUAUUGCCAUCGUCAAUGCUGCACUGAGAGUCGAGCUUGACGACGAUCAAAUCGUCAAGGAUGUGAGUCUCGUCUAUGGCGGUAUGGCACCAACCACAAUCGUUGCGAAGAAGGCAACAGACUUCCUCCAAGGCCGGAAGUUCACGGACCUCCAGACUCUGGAAGGCGUGAUGGCAAAGCUCGAGGAGGACUUUGAUCUGCGCUUUGGCGUGCCGGGUGGCAUGGCAACGUACAGGAAGACCCUUGCGCUUGGCUUCUUCUACAAGUUCUACCACGAAGUGCUCGCUGGUUUGAAUGCCGACGAAGCCGACGUCGAUACACAAGCGAUUGGCGAAAUCGAGAGAGACAUCAGUUCAGGCUGGAAAGACGGCAAAGCAGCUGAGGCAUACAAGCUAAGCGAGGUCGGACAGUCGAAAAGCCAUGUUGCUGCUAUGCAGCAGACCACCGGUGAAGCACAGUACACAGACGACAUCCCGCUACAACGAAACGAGCUGUAUGGGUGUCUUGUCUUGUCGGCGAAAGCACACGCAAAACUGCUCAGUGUUGACGCGCAAGCAGCUCUUGACUUACCGGGCGUUGCCGCGUACGUGGACCACAAAGAUUUGGCCACGCCCGAAUCGAAUUGGUGGGGAGCGCCUUCUUGCGACGAGACCUUUUUUGCGGUCGACGAGGUCUUCACUGUUGGUCAGCCUAUCGGUAUGAUCUUGGCAGAUACAGCGAAGCAUGCCGAACAGGCGGCUAGAGCAGUCAAGAUCGAGUACGAGGAGCUGCCGGCAAUCUUCACCAUCGAGGAAGCCAUUCAGCAAGACAGCUACUUCCAGCACUUCCGCCACAUCAAGAAGGGAGAUGUAGAGAAGGCGUUCGAAGAAGCUGAUCAUGUCUUUACUGGAACAGCACGUAUGGGGGGCCAAGAGCACUUCUACCUCGAAACACAGGCGUGUCUGGCAGUACCGAAGCCUGAGUUUGGCGAGAUGGAAGUGUACAGUAGCACUCAGAACCCGGCGGAGACCCAAGCGUAUGUCUCCAAGGUCCUGGGUGUUUCUGCGAACAAGAUCAACGCUCGCGUCAAGCGUAUGGGUGGUGGCUUCGGUGGCAAGGAGACACGUUCAAUCCAGCUCGCAGGUAUUGUAGCGGUGGCAGCCAACAAGGUCCGGAAACCCGUUCGAUGCAUGCUCAACCGAGACGAAGACAUCAUGACAUCCGGUCAACGCCACCCCUUCCUCGCUCGAUGGAAGGUCGCCGUGAACAAGGACGGCAAACUUCAGGCUCUUGACGCAGAUGUCUUCAACAACGGUGGCUGGAGUCAAGAUCUCUCUGGAGCAGUCGUCGAGCGCGCGCUUUCGCAUAUUGACGGCGUUUACUCGAUCCCAAACGUCCACGUCCGCGGCAGAGUAGCAAAGACGAAUACCGUUUCCAACACAGCUUUCCGUGGCUUCGGCGGACCUCAGGGCAUGUUCAUCUGUGAGACCUUUAUGGAAGAGAUUGCAGAUCAUCUCAAAAUUUCUGCCGAAAAGCUGCGUGAGAUCAACAUGUACUCACCCGAGGGCAACAUGGUCACGCAUUUCAAUCAGGAGAUCAAGGACUGGUAUGUUCCGCUCAUGUACAAGCAAGUCCAGGAAGAGUCAGAAUACUCUCGCAGGCGAGCGGAAAUCGAAGAGUUCAACAAGACACACAAGUGGAACAAACGCGGCCUCGCGAUUGUCCCCACGAAAUUCGGCAUCUCCUUUACGGCACUCUUCCUCAACCAGGCUGGCGCGCUCGUGCACAUCUACCACGAUGGCAGUAUCCUGGUUGCGCACGGUGGUACAGAGAUGGGUCAAGGUCUGCACACCAAGAUGACGCAGAUUGCAGCUGAAGCGCUCCAAGUGCCGCUCGAAAGCGUGUUCAUCAGCGACACUGCGACAAACACUGUCGCCAACGCAUCUUCUACAGCCGCGUCAGCUUCUUCAGAUUUGAACGGCUAUGCUAUCUACAACGCCUGCGAACAACUGAACGAGAGGUUGAAGCCGUAUCGCGAGAAGCUUGGCCCUGGAGCGUCCAUGAAAGACCUUGCGCACAUGGCCUACUUCGACCGUUGCAAUCUCUCGGCUCAAGGCUUCUACAAAACACCUGACAUUGGCUAUGUCUGGGGUGCCAACACAGGGCAGAUGUUCUUCUACUUCACCCAAGGUGUUGCCGCGGCCGAAGUCGAGAUCGACACGCUCACCGGCGACUGGACGACGCGCCGAGCAGAUAUCAAGAUGGAUGUUGGGCGAUCUAUUAACCCGGCGAUCGACUACGGCCAGAUCGAGGGCGCAUUUGUGCAGGGUCAGGGAUUGUUCACGACAGAGGAGAGUUUGUGGCAGAGGAGUACGGGUGGCAUCUUUACAAAGGGACCAGGAAACUACAAGAUCCCUGGGUUCAGAGAUAUUCCUCAGGUAUUCAACGUCUCACUGCUCAAGGACGUGCAGUGGGAGAACCUCCGCACCAUUCAGCGCUCGAGAGGUGUCGGUGAACCUCCGCUGUUCAUGGGCAGCUGUGUUUUCUUUGCUAUCCGCGAUGCGUUGAAGGCGGCGAGAGCACAAUUUGGUGAGACAAGUGUGCUGCAUUUGCAGAGCCCUGCUACGCCCGAAAGGAUCAGGAUCUCGUGUGCGGAUCCGAUCUUGAAGCGCGCUUGGGUUGAGCCAAAGGAGGGUGAGAAGAGCUUCUUCAUCAGUAUUUAG